AUGAGCUAUAGGAAUCAGCGCGAGGAACUAAAGAAGGCUAUCACGAGACAUCUUUCCAUCGACAUCGAACAAUGCAUAACGCAAAGCGACGUGAAGAGCGUCGAACACAUCGUCGCACAGGUAGCACGCGCCGAGACGUGGCGAAAGUUCCAAAAAUCGUACCUGCUUCGCAUGGAUCCAAACGAAGAAGGCGAGGAAAAGGACUUUAUUGCGCAGAGCCGCCGCGAGACGGUGGGCACACCGAAAAAAGACCUGGUUCGUCAGGACAGCACAGCGUCGAUCGCGAGCAUGCUGAGCGAAAGUUCGUUGAUGGGAGGUAACGUCGCCUUGUCUACCGAUCACAUCCGGGAAGUGUGCAACCUCAUACGGUCGCCGUCGCCGUCUUCUAAGCUUCACGCCAUUGAUAUUCUGAACAACGUUUCCAACUACGAGAACUUGGUCGCCUGUGACGAGUGGCCCGUGCUCGAAGAAUGGAUCAGGUCUUUGCUGCUGCACCCUUCGACGGUCAUCAAGCGCGAAACGCUGCGCCUGUUCUGGACAAUGCUGUCCUCCGGAGGCGUAGUGUUCGAACACACUUAUACCAGCCUACUGCUCGCAGCUAGGGAUCAAGUUUGCAAGCACAAUUCGUCCGCGCCGUCAUCAAAACCCCACGGCCGCUCCGCGGGGCCGGUUGACGUUGUGGAGUUGCUGAACGUGUACCACAGAAACUUACCGCGCCAGUGGCUGCGAUUUCCGCGCAAGGCCAUCAGGCAUGUCAUAGAGCAGGCUCUCGCGCUCAUGGACGACAGCAUUUACGACAACUUUUCUCGCAUCUGGAAGUCCUUCGCGUCAGCGGACACCCAGGCGGCGUGGCUCGGCAGCUGGCUACACGGCGCCGAGAGUCGCGCUGUCGUCUUCGAGUGCCUCGCGGAUCACACGAACAUUCUGCUCCACGCCCUACAACUAGUCACCAAUUACAAGAAGUUUCCGGACUUGUGCCAGCGCAACACGGCGAGCCACGUUUACGCAGCUUGCGUCCUCUUGCGCGUGCUGAUGUACAAGGCUGGCAGGGAGCUUUUCGACUCCCUCAGCUCUGGUGGGAACACAGAAAAAACGUGGUUUGACGUUUUCAUAAAGGUUGUACUAUUCGCCAAAGUUCUGUGGGGAUCCAAAUACGAAAAUUUCCCGCUACUUCUUAACGUCAUGACUAGAGCGGUGUCUUUGAUUUGCAACCUCACCGAAAGUCCGAUUCUCCCUCAGCAGGCUGAGGUCCUCAUAAGCAGCUUGGUAGAUUCAAGCAAAAGUAGCUCAAACGGCCAAUGCAGCACACACAUACUGUCGGAAUGCCUCGGCGCAAUGUGCUUGUCGGCCUCCGGCUUGGUUCUCAUCACAAACUGCACGUACAAAGCUUGCAAAGUACCUCAAAUAAUACUGUGCUCAACAAAGCGAGCUAUAGAAAGACGCAGCGAGCACGGACUCUGCGCUCGGUGUGUGUCUAAUUUCCUGAGGGCGAGUGGCAGGAUUGUCCAAGAUCCAGGAUAUCUCCUGUCCGGGGGAUGCGCAGGCGUCGUCAGGCUCCUGUCAUGUGCAUCGGAGCUCACCGCUGUGGCAGACGAAGAGCUGAAAAAAAGUUUGACGAGUUUUGUGAAAGCUCUGCUUACUACCAGUCUCGGAACAGCUCUGCUUUGUGUUGGGACCAUCCCUGAAGCCUAUGAGAAGAUUGUGCUAGAUGUCACGGCUGUGUCUGAGAAAGUAAAAUAUUGUACACUGCACAUGCCAUCGUCACUACUCGCACAAUGAAUUGGUCCUUUGCGC